GCUCAGUCCGUGGGGUCCUGACGGGCGCAUGCGCAGCGGGUGUGAGCGGCGGUGGCCAUGGACGACGAGGAGGAGACGUACCGGCUUUGGAAGAUCCGCAAAACCAUCAUGCAGCUGUGCCAUGACCGUGGCUACCUGGUGACCCAGGACGAGCUGGACCAGACACUGGAGGAGUUCAAAGCCCAGUUUGGGGAUAAGCCCAGUGAAGGGCGGCCGCGGCGCACGGACCUCACCGUCCUGGUGGCCCACAACGACGACCCCACUGAUCAGAUGUUCGUCUUUUUCCCAGAGGAGCCCAAGGUGGGGAUCAAGACUAUCAAGGUGUACUGCCAGCGCAUGCAGGAGGAGAACAUCACCCGCGCCCUCAUCGUGGUGCAGCAGGGCAUGACGCCCUCCGCCAAGCAGUCUCUGGUCGACAUGGCCCCCAAGUACAUCCUGGAGCAGUUUCUGCAGCAGGAGCUGCUCAUCAACAUCACGGAGCACGAGCUGGUCCCGGAGCACGUCGUCAUGACCAAGGAGGAAGUGACGGAGCUGCUGGCCCGAUAUAAACUCCGAGAGAACCAGCUGCCCAGGAUCCAGGCGGGAGACCCCGUGGCACGAUACUUUGGGAUAAAGCGCGGCCAGGUGGUGAAGAUCAUCCGGCCCAGCGAGACGGCGGGCAGGUACAUCACCUACCGACUGGUCCAGUAGCCCCCACGCUCAACAGCUCCAGAGAUGGACAGACAGACAGCAACCACCAUCCUCUUGAGGACAGAUCCUCCCACCCCGCUCUGCCCCACUCUGGGGGAAUCUGGUCCUCCCCAAGCCUCACCCCUGCUCCUCUGGACUCUGCAAGGCAGGUGGCCACUGCCUUGUUUACCUUUCCUUGUUCACCUUUCCUGCGGUGAGGUUUCCCAGGGCCUGGCCGCUCAUUCACCUGUGGAUCCUCGAGGGCUAGGACCCCAGGAGGGACAAGACCCUGGCGGAGAGGACAGUGGGAGCAGCUGGUGCCACUUGGCAGUCCCGUGUCCUUGCCCAGCCUGCACUGACUCUCCGUCGGGGGCUCGGGGUCUGCAUCUCCUGCCAGCUGCCGUUUCCUCUCGGGCUCUCAGCCCCCAUCGCCUCGUCUUCCCUCCCGAGGGGGCCCCGACACCGAGUGGAUCCCCCACCCCUUGGACUCGCCCACCAGGGGCUUAGGGCCGGGUCGUGGGCCUGUGUGUGUGGAGGGGGCGGGGCUGCACCCGUGAGCACUCUGAGGUCAGCAGGGUUCACGAUUACAACGCAUUUGGAGUUUUUAGUUGCCGUAGGAUGUUGGAUGUUUCCAAACUUUAAAGACAUUUUGAGUAAAUAAAUGUGUUUGUUUUAAAAACCAAGGCCGAGUUAGGUUUUCAGUGGGUGGCCUCACCCUGAGCACACAAGGUCGGCUUGGUGGGCUCCUGGUCGUCCUCUCAGUUCUCAGGGGCCCUGUUUUGCCCCAAAAUGCCAGC